CCCGCGAUGAAGGCGGCCCAGGCCCCGGGCGAGGAGGCGCCGGGCGGCGCGCGGUCGGUCAAGGUGGUCCUCGUGGGCGACGGCGGCUGCGGGAAGACGUCGCUGCUGAUGGUCUUCGCGGAGGGGGCCUUCCCCGAGAGCUACACCCCCACAGUGUUUGAGCGGCUCGCCGUGAAUCUGCAGGUGAAGGGCAAACCCAUCCACCUCCAAAUCUGGGACACAGCAGGGCAAGUGGACUAUGACCGCCUGCGGCCUCUGUUCUACCCUGAUGCCAGCGUCCUGCUGCUCUGCUUUGACGUCACCAGCCCACACAGCUUCGACAACAUCUCUAACCGGUGGUACCCAGAGGUGAAUCACUUCUGCAAGGAGGUGCCCAUCGUCGUCGUGGGCUGUAAGACUGACCUGCGCAAGGACAAGUCGCUGGUGAAGAAGCUUCGGAAAAACGGGUUGGAACCUGUGACCUACCACAGGGGCCAGGAGAUGGCGCGGGCCGUGGGCGCCGUGGCCUACCUCGAGUGCUCGGCUCUGCUCCAGGAGAACGUCCAUGCCGUCUUCCAGGAGGCGGCCGAGGUGGCCCUCAGCAGCCGUGGUCGCAACUUCUGGAGGCGGAUCACCCGGAGCUUUUGUGUGGUGACCUGAGGGCCUGGGCCCCUCCGCACCCCACCGCCCCGGCAGCACAGGAACGAGCUGGUUGCUGACCUCCUGCCCAGCUGGCUGGGCUGGACCCAGUCCCCAGGCUGUGACCACCGAACUGUACCUCAAACAGAUGGGCACCCCUGAGGCCAGCCCCUCGACCCUGGGGCUGGGGUCCUGGAUUGCAGUGAAACCCCUCUGAGGCCUGAGGAAGGGGAUCCCGGGCUCCCCAGUCCUAUGGAGGGCUGGUCCCUGGAGACCCCUGACUCACUCCCAUCUCCCUGCCCUGGACCACGCAUCCUGGAGCGGCCUGUGUGCCCUGGCGCCACCUUGUGGCUCUUCUCUGGGCUGUGCCUUCGGGACCCUCCCACCCCACGUCCCCCUGCCCAUCCCAGUGGUAAACACUUGAAGAUGACAUCA